AUGGUGCUUUUUAUCCUCCUACUUAACACACUCCUCUCAACAUCCCACUCUGCAAACGUUUUAGUUAUAGCAGGGCUGCGAGGUUCUCAUCUGUACUUCUCCACUGACAUAGCGGACAAGCUAGCAGAGUUUGGACACAACGUAACUUUGGUGACUAUGUUCAGUGACAAAAAAGUUGAAAAGGAGGACAGAGCCUUCAGAUUUGUCACGUUUGGGGAUGAAGAUAAAAGUGGGCCAGAUAUGGAUUACUGGAGAGCUGUUUAUGAACACUCCAUACACCAACCAUCUAAAGAUAUGAUGCCAGAAUCUCUUAUCAGUCGAGGAGAUAUCAAAGAAGUCAAAAUGUGGAGAGACGAUUAUAAUAGUGUGGCGCAGAACUAUUUUCAAGGGAAGGAAUUUUCUAAAUUACUGGACACCGGGGAGAUCGAUUUGAUAGUUCUAGAAAAUUCCAUAGCUCUGUUAGCUAUGGUAUCUCUGGUUCACCGAGAUAUCCCUAUAAUGGGGAUUGUUUGCUAUCCUGGUGCAAGAGAUGUAAACGAUCGGUUUGGCCAGUUAGCAUUGUUGAACAGUAUUCCUAGUUGGACUAAUGAUGUCACGAAUUCUCCUCCAACUUUUCUAGAACGAUUGCAGACUCUGGUGAAGAUGGUACGUUUUCUCACGACAUUUAAUUCCAUGAUACAAUCAUUGGUGGACAAAACUAUGGAACCCAGAGCGAAUAUUGAAGACUACUUCACAGCCAUCUACGAUGUUGUCUUCAUCAACGACCACCCAGCCUUUUCAUUCCCCUUUCUCUCACCACCCAACUCUUUCUACCUUGGACUCUUCAAUCUAGAAGACCGCCCUCUCAAACCUCUUCCUGAAGAAUACUUGGAAUUCCUCACCAACUGUCCCUACAAACACACUCUACUCUUCUCCUUUGGGUCCCAUCUCCAGAACAUAGGGACAUUUUCCAUAACUCCAACCAUCAUGGAAACACUCCAUCAACUAAACGCUUGUAUCAUCAUGAACAGUCCGUUUGAUCUAAGCUUACAUUAUGAUCUUCCAGCUGACAAAUUUCUACAGCGGGCCUGGAUCCCACAGAAGGAUCUGCUAGGAAGUGGGAAGUUGGAUUUCUUUAUCUCCCACUGCGGUAAUAACGGUAGAAUGGAGGCUAUUUACUACAACGUGCCACUGUUAUGCAUCCCGCUGUUAGGUGACCAGUACUACAAUGGUAGACUGGUAGCUAGGAACGGGUUUGGGUUGGUGCUAACCAGGGAGACAUUAUCUGAGCAGACUCUCACAGAGACUAUAAGCAAGAUGUUAGCCAAGCGUGGAACUUUCAAAGCCAACAUGAAAAAAGCUGUAGAUAUAGCUAGUAAUGACCCGGGCUCUGGAACUGGUGUUUUAAAGUUUUACACCGACUUACUGAUCAAGAACAGGAAUGUUGACUAUUUAGUAAACAGGAUUACUCUGAACCAGUCGUUUAUUGAGAUGCACAAUUUAGAUAUUGCAGCACUGGCCUUGAUUUUUAUUAUGUUUUUGUCAGCAGGGAUCCUGUUUUGUUUUGGUGCAGAGACAUGUCCUGGAGACAUUGGAGACAUUGGAGACACAGCUUUUGGAGACAUUGGAGACAUUGGAGACAUUGGGGACAUUAGAGACAUUGGAGACAAAGCUUUUGGAGACAUUGGAGACAUUGGAGACACUGGAGACGUAGAUGUAUGA